CUCAACAAUUGAUCUUACAUUGUUUGGCUCUUUCAUUAUCAAGAGUGCGCUUUCGAAGUAAUUAAAAAAUGUUUUCUGAUUCUUUCAACUAUCACCCCUUGCCUAAACGUUCGGAGGCAAAAUCAGAUGGAUAUGCGGGUUUUGUAAGUCCAAAAAAUUUGGAUUAUUUUAAAUAUCGCGGCAAGGAAAAAUGCCUGUUGGAGCAGGAUGAACCCGCAAAAAUUAAAUUUGGAGGAUCCAUCUUAAAAAAUCGCAUCAAUCCUGCAUAUAAACAAACAAUGGAUAAGAUCCGGCCAUUUUACGAUAUUACGUGCGAUCGCAUUAAAAGUGAGCGAUUGGUUGAAGAUCAGGACGACUAUGAAUUUAAUAAUGACAUUAUCGGUCGUCCAACGAACAUCAAAAUAAAAGAAGGCUUCAAGAAAAACGAAGGUGGAAUGAAAAAUACGAACACCAUAGGAUAUAAUAUUGGACACACCAUUGGAUAUACCAUUGGUUGUGCCAUUACAGAAACAAAGAAAUUAAAAAAAGCCGGAUCUUUUUUUAAGGCCGUAUGGAAGCCAGUGAAGAGAUCAGCACAGAAGUUAUGGAAAGGAAUGAAAAAUGGAGAUACUGAAUACAUUCAGUUUGAUUAAUGAUCUCUUUGUCUUCAUCAUUUGAGUCAAGUAUCCAUCUGCUUGAUUUAAUCCGAGUACGUCUCGGAUGUAAGAAGAUUUAUUUUAAAAUGUGCAAAAAAAUUACAAGAGAAAUAUUUAAAAACAACAAA